AUGCGGCUACUGCACGUACGCACUCUAGAGCUGAAAACUUUUGUCGACAAUAUCCCACCAUAUGCCAUACUCUCUCAUUGUUGGACAGACGAGGAAGUCGUGUUCUCAGAUCUAGCCGACUUGAAACAGGCCAAGAAGAAGACGGGCUUUGCAAAGAAUGAGAAGACAUGCGAACUUGCGAGCAAAGAUGGCUUUGACUACGCAUGGAUUGAUACCUGCUGUAUCGACAAGAGUAGUAGUGCUGAACUUUCUGAGGCUAUCAACAGCAUGUUUGCAUGGUACCGAAACUCAGAGCAAUGUUAUGCUUAUCUCGCCGACGUGGAAGUGCAAGAAGCAUUUGCACAAGGUGAAGCGGCGAAACAUCGGAACACCUUCUGGCUCAGCAAAUGGUUCACGCGAGCUUGGACGUUGCAAGAGUUACUGGCUCCUAGUAACUUCCAACCUCGUUAUCUCCCUCACUGGCCAUACGAUAGAUACGAUGGCAUGAAAUUCUACUCGCGCGACUGGCAACUUCUUGGAAACAAGGCCCACCUUGGCAUACUUAUAUCGGACAUCACUGGCAUACCUAUGGAAUAUCUCGAGGGCCAGAGUUUGGAAACCGCAAGUAUCAGUAUGCGGAUGUCAUGGGCUGCAGACAGGCAGGCCACAAGAUCUGAAGACAUCGCUUACAGUUUACUUGGUCUCUUCGAUGUCAAUAUGCCUUUGCUGUACGGCGAGGGGAACACAAAGGCUUUUAGAAGGUUGCAGGAAGAAAUCAUGAAGAUCUCUGAAGACGAGACGCUCUUUGCGUGGGAGGCUCCAUACCGUUGGAAGCCUCCCUAUCGCAUGGAUGAGCUGACCGUAGACGUACUUGCGUGUAAGGCCUACGUAUUACGCAAACGCUCUUUCACACUCAUCAGAUUGAUAAGUAUGGACGAGGAAUAA